AUGGCCAGCACCGUCCUUCACCUCCGGUCCGAGACCAAGCCCCUUGAGCACCGCUCUGCCCUUACUCCUAGUACCACCCAGGCCCUGAUCAAGGCCGGCUACACUGUCAAUGUCGAGCGCAGUCCCGUUCGCAUCUUUGACGAUGCCGAGUUCGAAGCCGUAGGCGCAACCCUCGUCGAGGAGGGCUCUUGGGAGACGGCCCCCGCCGACCAUAUCAUUGUUGGCCUGAAGGAGCUCGAGGAGAAAGAGUUCCCCCUUAAGCACGUUCAUGUUACCUUCCUCCACGGACAAGGUGGUUUCGAGAAGACUCUCGGACGCUUUCCCCGUGGCGGCGGUACCCUGCUCGACUUGGAGUUCUUGACAAAUGACUCCGGAAGACGCGUCGCGGCCUUUGGCUACCACGCUGGCUUCUCCGGCGCCGCUCUUGCCCUCGAGAACUGGGCCUGGCAGCUCACCCACCCCGGCGAGCCCUUUCCCUCCGUGGAGUCAUACCCGAACGAGGACGCUCUGAUUGCGGACGUCAAGAAGGCCUUGGAUGAUGGCGUGGCGAAGAACGGAGGCAAGAAGCCUAGAGUCAUUGUCAUUGGCGCUCUGGGCCGCUGCGGCUCCGGCGCUGUCGAUAUGUGCACGAGGGCUGGUGUCACGGACAUCAUCCGCUGGGAUAUCCAGGAGACCCAGGCCAAGCCCGGUCCGUACAGUGAGAUCACGGAGUCUGACAUCUUCGUGAACUGCAUCUACUUGAGGUAUGUAUUUUCUCCGAGAAAGGCCUCAAGGAGGCAAUCCGACCAUAGUGUACUAACAUCCAUGUCUCUCACAGCCAACCUAUCCCUCGUACGUUGCAUCAUCCCCACAAACGAAAGACAUCUUAGUUCUUGGUUUCCUUCCUUCCCAGAACCCGAAAUGGCGACGUGCUCGGAACACGAAAUCCCCAAACCUAAACUAACCUCUACUCCUAUAGCCUUCGUCAACCACGAAUCUCUUCAGACUUCUUCAAGAAACCUAUCCGUUGUUUGCGAUGUUUCCGCAGACACCACCAACCCUCACAACCCCAUUCCCAUCUACACCGUGGCCACCACCUUCGAUAAGCCCACAGUUCCCGUCGAGGGCUUCGAGAACCCGCCCUUGAGCGUAAUCUCUAUCGACCACCUGCCCUCGUUGCUGCCCCGCGAGUCCAGCGAGGCGUUCAGCAACGACCUGCUGCCCACCCUCUUGAACCUCAAGGACUGGCGCAACGACCCUGUCUGGGCCCGCGCCGAGAAGCUCUUCAAGGACAAGGUCGCUACCACGCUCCCCGCCGAGCUCCAGAAGAGAGAGGCCUAG